AUGUCAGACCCAGAUCAGUACACCGUCGGUUGGAUAUGUGCCUUGGAGACAGAAUAUGUAGCUGCCCGAGCCUUCCUUGAUACAAAGCAUACUCGGCCUGAAAAGCUGUCGCCAAACGAUAAUAACCAUUAUACUUUGGGAGAAAUUGGGGGUCACAAGGUUGUUAUUGCUGUUGUACCGGAUAGAGAGUACGGAACUUCAUCAGCCGCCGAGGUGGCUAGGGACAUGCUACACAGCUUUCCAAACAUCCGAUUCGGGUUAAUGGUUGGGAUUGGUGGUGGAGUACCCUUGAAACAUGAUAUUCGACUUGGCGAUAUUAUUGUGAGCUCUCCUCGAAAUGGGCAUGGUGGCCUGCUUCAGUACGAUUUCGGGAAAGAGUUACAAGGAAAGGAGUUCCAUCAAACAGGAUUCUUAAACCAACCGCCACCUAUCUUGCGCACGGCUGUGGCUGGGCUUCAAGCGCAAUAUGAGGAAGAGGGCCAUCAGUUGAAGGAGAGGAUUCAAAGUUUGCUUGAAGGUAAUAAAAGACUGAAGCGAAAAUAUGAACGGCCGCCUUUCGAAAGUGACAGGCUUUACGAAAGCGGAGUGGUUAAAGACGCACUAUUUCGUGACAAGAUAGCGACAUCCCAAGAUGUUCUUUGCUUUGAAAUGGAAGCGGCUGGACUGAUAAACCAUUUCCCUUGCUUGGUCAUCCGUGGUGUUUGCGACUAUGCCGAUUCGCACAAAAGUAAGGAAUGGCAGGGCUAUGCUGCGAUGGCGGCAGCUGCGUAUGCAAGAGAUCUCUUGAAUCAGAUUGUCCCUCAGAGGGUAGACUCCGAGAGGAGGGCUACUGAUGCUCUCAAUGACAUCAAAAACUGCUUGGAAAACGUAUCCGGAACUGUCGACAGUAUCCGCUCAAUGACUAGUGGAGUGGCUAAAAAUAUCGAAAAUAUAGCGCGAGGUAUUCAGCUUGACGAGUUGCCAAUUGCUGAAGGAGCUGAAUUCGGAACCUAUGUAGACCAGCAUGAAGAAGAAUGCUUUCAAGGGACCAGGGAGGACCUUCUACACAAGGUCGGAGAAUGGGCUACCUUACCCAAAGGAAAGUGUAUAUUCUGGCUUAAUGGGCUAGCUGGAACUGGCAAGUCAACAAUAUCACGAACUGUGGCAAGGAACUUUCAGAAGCAAGGGUUAUUAGGUGCGAGCUUCUUUUUCAAGAGAGGUGAAGGAGAUCGUGGCAACGCAACUCGGUUCUUCCCAACCAUUGCCAGGCAACUAUUUGCAGGAAUUCCGGAGGUGCGCGAUGCUAUACUACAAGUCAUCAAGGAUCAUCCCAGGAUUUCAGCUAAACCGCUCAAGGAGCAGUUCGAUCGGCUGAUUAAGCAACCACUUGCUGACCUUUAUCAAUUGAAAGGACAGCGGCCCCCCUUGGUGAUUGUGAUUGAUGCUCUAGAUGAAUGUGAAGGUGAAAAUGAUAUUCGAGUUAUUAUUCAACAAUUGCCACGCUCUGUUUGCCUUCGGUUUUUCAUUACCAGCCGACCUGAGCUGCCUGUUCGAUUAGGCUUUCAGACUGUUGAGAAUAGUUAUCAGGAUUUGAUCCUCCAUGAAAUUUCAGAGACAGUGAUUGAACAUGACAUCUCUUUGUUCCUCAAAUACAAGCUGGCUAGAAUUAGGGAACAGAGAGAUCUUUGCCUCGACUGGCCAGGGAAACCAAAUUUCACAGAUUUGCUAUCUAUGUCAAUCCCACUAUUCAUUUUUGCUGCAACUAUCUGCCGUCAAUUCGAGGAUUAUAAUCUGGACCCCGAGCAAUCUCUCCGAGAGAUCCUUGAAUAUCAGAAUGAGGAGUCAAGAUUGGAAAAGACAUAUCUUCCCGUCUUGAUGCGACUCGUCUCAAGAUACGAUGGGAAGAGACAAAUUCAAGUAGUUCAGGAUAUUCGGGAGGUCCUUGGUAUAAUCAUACUACUUGAGGUCCCGCUCCCAGUUGUCCCCCUGUCAAACCUCACGGGGAUCACCAUAAAUACAAUUAAAUCCAGACUUGGUUCAGUACACUCAGUCGUGCAUAUACCAAAUAAUAACGAGCGGCCAAUCAGAAUCUUCCAUUUAUCAUUCCGAGACUUCCUCCUUGACUCAAGCACUCGUGAGAAAACCCCUUUCUGGGUUGAUGAGAAAGAAAUGAGUAUUAAGUUAAGCAACUACUGUCUCUCUGUCAUGAAGAACCGGCUGAAAAAGAAUAUAUGCAAUCUCCCCAGCCAUGGAAUACAGCGCCGAGAUAUUGAUGCCCAGCUUAUCAGUCAACAUUUGUCACCAGAACUACAGUACGCAUGCCGCUACUGGAUCCACCAUAUAACAAAAAUUUUGGACGUCAUAAUUCAGGUUGGCCAUGUUUACGCGUUUCUCCAAGUGCAUUUCCUCCAUUGGAUGGAGGUGAUGUGCACACUAGGUCUUGUCUCAGAAGUUAUAGGAGGGAUCAACAUUUUGAAGUCAACACUACAAGAUGAUGAUAAUCUGCAGAUUUCUGAAUUUUUGGAUGAUGCACAGAGAUUCAUCCUGAGAAAUAGUCACAUAGCGGAUAUUGCUCCACUACAGAUCUAUACUUCUGGAUUAAUCUUUGCACCUAGAGAUUCAAUAAUCAGACAGGCAUUUGAAAGUGAUCGUCCUAGCUGGAUGCAUUAUUGGCCAAAUCAGGAUGAAGGUUGGGGUCCAGAUUUACAAACCCUGGAAGGCCAUUCAGGUAGUGUGGUUUCGGUCGCCUUCUCACCUAAUGGCCGACUGAUCGCUUCUAGCUCCUAUGAUGGAACUAUUAAGCUCUGGGACCCGGAUACAGGAGCGCUCAAGCACACCCUAGAGAGCCAUAAAGAGCGCGUUGAAUCUAUCGCCUUCUCACCUAAUGGCCGGCUGCUGGUAUCUGGCUCUUAUGAUGGGACUAUUAAGCUCUGGGAUUCUGAUACAGGCGCACUUAAGUACACUGUGGAUGAUCCACACGGUAGAUCCUUUUUUGAGAUUAAUAAUCCUAACGGAGCAACAUUUGUACACCAUACGGGGCCUCCUCCUAUAAGCUCGGUUGCUUUCUCACCUGAUGGCGAACUGCUGGCUUCUGGCGCCAAUGAUGGAUCUGUCAAAUUUUGGGAUCCUGCAACAGGUGCGCUUGAGCGCAUUUUGCAGACAAAGUCGCGGGAGUUACACCGUGUUGACUCGGUCUGUUUCUCACCUGAUGGCCGACUGCUGGCUGCUGGCUCCAGUGAUGGGACUAUAAAGCUUUGGGACCCUGUUACAGGCGUGCUUAAUCACACCAUGUGGGACUAUUCCAAUAAGGGCGCUGUAUUUAGGAUGGCUUUCUCGCCAGAUGCUCGACUCCUUGCUUCAUGCCAUAUUGAUGGAAGUAACGGGCUCUGGGAUCCUGUUACAGGUGCGUUGAAAAAUAUCCUGGGACUCUCUGGGCAUUCGGUUUGCUUCGCUCCUGAUGGUGGGCUGCUAGCUAUCGGCUACGAUAUCAGUAUAGAACUUUGGGACCCUUUCACAUGCACGCUGAAGUACAUCCUAGAGCCCCUUUCAUAUUUAGUACUCUCAGUGGCAUUCUCGCCUGACAGUCGACUUCUGGCAUCUGCUGAUGGUAACUCGAUAAAGCUCUGGGACCUUGAUAUGGGUGCUCCUGAACCUAUCCUAAAUGCCCAUGCAGAUAUGGUUUACUCGGUUGCUUUCUCGCCCGAUGGCCAACUACUUGCAUCUUGCUCUCGGGAUCGAACUAUUAAGCUCUGGGAAACCUCUACAGGCGCGCUCAAACAUACCCUGAACGCUCUGGAGGGUCAGUUAGAAUGGUCGACCUUGGUGAUCUUUUCCCAUGAUAAUCGACUACUAGCGUCUGGCGUUUCGGAAGGGACUGUCAGACUUUGGGAUCCCGCUACAGGCAUACUCAAACAUACCUUGAAGGGACCCAGCGCUGAUUUAAGAAUGCGGUCCUCAGUCACAUCGCUAGCUUUCUCACCUAAUGGUCAAAUGCUUGCCGCUGGCACCAAUAACCACAUCAUUGACAUCUGGGAUCUCACUACAGGCACAGUCAAGCACAGCCUAGAGCUCCAUGUACGCGCGGUAGGAUCGAUUACAUUUUCACCUAAUUCCCAACUGCUAGCGAUUGGCUCUAGGUAUGAAAUUAAUCUUUGGGAUAUGGCUACAGGCACGCUUAAGCACACUGUGGAAGAGAACCGGGCAUUGCAAUCAAUCGCUUUCCUACCUGACAGCAAACUUCUGGUUUCUGGCUCUACUGCACACAUUAAGUUCUGGGACUACACUACAGGCGCGCUUGAGCAUAUCAUUGAUGCCUUCUUGUACUGGGAUUCUGACGUCGACCCCUCCAAAGACAUUUACUAUCUUUCAACUAAACUACAGUGCUUUACGGCCCAAGACUGGCGUAAAAGCUUCUUGCCAGAUUUUGUUCACGUAAUAAACAAGCCAUCUCUGCACGGGAAUCAAUGGGUUGCUAAUAGGGGCCAAAGAGAGCUAUGGUUACCACCUGGCUAUCGAUCCUCUGAGGGCCUUGGGGUCUCAACAGUCAAAGACGGUGCUUUAGCCAUUGGGUGUGAAAAUGGAAGAGUUCAAGUUAUUACAUUCUCUAACUAG